GUAUCUCAUGGUGCUAUUCAGUUCACAGCAUAUGAGGAGCUUCGUAAAUUUAUUGUCGAUUUGAAGAGUAAGGGAUGUAAAAUACACCAUCAAAACCCUGAUAAAUUGUUGAAUUCGGUUGAUUAUGCCGUUCUUGGAGCAACAUCAAAAAUUGCUGCAAUACUUCUAACUUAUCCAUUUCAGGUUAUACGGGCUCGAUUGCAGCAACGACCUAGUGGUGAUGGGGUUCCGAGAUAUAUGGACAGUUGGCAUGUUGUGAAAGAAACUGCACGAUUUGAAGGUGUCCGAGGUUUUUACAAGGGAAUUACCCCAAACCUUUUGAAAAAUGCUCCUGCUUCUUCAAUAACUUUUAUUGUUUAUGAAAAUGUUCUAAAAUUUCUUAAAGUGGCUCGAAGGAAUGACUAAGUAUUUUCCUUUUUCCUUGAUGAUUCUUUCGUUCUUUCUGUUUUUGGGGCUUAAUUUCCUCUCUUAUUUGAUAAUAUCAUUGGAAAAUUGCUCAUUUUCCUUAUCCUUUUCAGUGAUGGUAUAGAAAAUAAAAAGAUUUAUUUAGAUAGUUGACUUAACAAAUUUCUAGGGAUAGCUACUGUAAAAUUGUAUAGCUCCUAAGACUGAGUGAGAUAUAUUUGUUGUGUGAGCCUAUACAAC